CUCCAUUCCAUGGUGAGAGCAUCAAGCAAUAGUAUCAGUAGUAUAAAGACCAAACCCGCCUGCCAUAAUGGCAUCCACGCUUUGCUGCAGAGCCUCAUCAUCCUGGUCCAUCGUCUCCACCUCCGGAUUACGACGCCGCCUGCCUCUGGUUGGGGCCUUUUGCGUGCUCAGCUUUGGUCUCUCCAAUCUCUGCCUCUCCUACAACUCGCCCCUCAAGACGGGCUGUGCUCAGUCUCUCCCCUUUGCCAAUCUCUUACGAUUGUGUUUCAGAUCGAAGUUUGUUGGCCAAUCGCCUCCCAAGAGCGUCCAUACUAUCAGAAUGGAAGGGAGCAGCAAAACUGUACCCAGCAUCGUCGUCUAUGUCACUGUCCCCAACAAAGAACUGGGUAAGAAGUUGGCUGAAAGCAUUGUCAGAGAAAAACUUGCUGCUUGUGUAAAUCGUGUACCAGGUAUUGAAUCUGUGUACGAGUGGAAAGGAGAGAUCCAGACAGAUAAUGAGGAACUUCUUAUAAUCAAAACUAGGCAAUCCCUUUUAGAAGCUCUCACAGAGCAUGUCAAGGCAAACCAUGACUAUGAUGUGCCCGAAGUAAUUGCGUUGCCCAUCACUGGUGGCAGUCUCCAGUAUCUAGAAUGGAUCAAAAACAGCACAAGGGACUGACUUUCCAUCUCAUCAAGAUGUUGAUGGAGCUAUGUAAGUAUCCAUUGAGUCACAAGCUUUACCUUUUCAAUUGUAUGUGCAGAUGGAGUCUCUCUGGAUUGGUGGGUGUGUGGGUGUGCAGGUGCUUGUGGUAAAGACUCUAAGGGGCUUCUCAUCGUAGUAAUUGGCAAUGCAAAGGGAAGUCUGCUUUGAUGUAAAAAGGAUCGCAUUAGUGUGUUUGUGACUUCUUAAAUAAAAUAGGAUAUGUAAACCUGUUCUUCUAGUCUCUCGCGUUGCCUGCAUUGAACUUUUCAAAUUUUCCUUUAAAGGCAUAUAUACUUAUUCAAGGACUUGACAUAUCA